AUGUAUCCGAAUCAAAUACAACAACAACAAGCAUCACCAAUGCAACGUCCUCCGACGAUGAUGAAUGCACCUGGUGGUAUUCCCCCACCUAACGCGCCCGCUGGUGUUCCAUCGAUGCGUCCAAUGGUAACACAAUCACCCAUGCAAGCAGCUAUGAUGCCACAGCAAUCACCACAAGGAUCAAUGAUGUCCAGACCGGUUGGUAGUCCAUAUGGAGUGAUGAAUCGUACACCAAUUUACGAUAAAACAAAACGUCCACCUUAUACAAACGAUCCACGUCAACAACCAAUGAUGCAACCUGGUCAGCAGCCAAUGAUGCCAUACGGAUCUGUCAUGGCUGGUCCGAAUCAAGCUAUGAUGCCCAAUGCAGGCGGUGCUGGACCUAUCAGACCUCAGAAAAAACGUAAACGUUUGACAGAAAAAAUAAUUCACAAACAGAUACGUUCACUCGUGCCGGAAUCGCAAGCAUACAUUGAAUUAUUACGAUUGGAACAAAAAUUAGAUUCUGUUCUCAUGCGAAAGCGCCUCGAUUUACAGGAAACACUCAAACGACCACAAAAAAUCAAAAAGAAACUACGUAUCUUUAUCAGCCAUCAAUAUCCUGUUCGUUUUGAUUCCGAUGCAACAGGAAUGGAUGAUGAACAAGUUCAAUAUUGGGAAAUGCGUGUCGAAGGUCGUCUACUUGAUGAUCCAAAUACAAAUAAAUACGAUCAAGGAAAAGCAAAACGUAAAUUUUCGUCAUUUUUUCGCAGUCUAGUCAUUGAAUUAGAUAAAGAUUUAUACGGACCUGACAAUCACCUUGUUGAAUGGCAUCGUACAAAUGCGACCGCUGAAACAGAUGGAUUCCAAGUUCGUCGACCAGGCGAUCAAAACGUCAAAUGCACCAUUUUAAUGGUUCUUGACCAUUCACCACCACAGUUCCGUCUUGAUGCUCGCUUAGCUCGCUUACUCUCAAUCACAAAUGGUACGCGUCAAACGAUAAUCCAUGCAAUUUGGCAAUACAUCAAAACACAUAAACUACAGGAUUCGGAAGAACGAGAAUUUAUCAAUUGUGAUCACCAUCUGCAAUCGAUAUUCGAUUGUUCACGCCUUCGUUUUUCCGAUUUGCCAAGUAAACUAAAUAAACUCAUACUUCCGUCAGAACCUAUUAUCAUCAACCAUACGCUUUGUUUGGGUACCGAUCCGAAGAAGCACGCAUGUUACGAUAUCGAUGUUGAGGUUGAUGAUCCUGUUCGAGAUUCGAUGCGGUCAUUUCUCACCCCGCAAAACACGCACGAACUAGAAGAAUUAGAUGGCAAAAUUCUCCAAUAUAUUGAUAGUAUCAAUCAAUUAAAGCAAAGCCGAGAGUUUUAUCUUUCAUUUGCUGAUGAUCCUCAAGGUUUUAUAUGUAAAUGGUUAGCAUCACAAUCUCGUGAUUUGAAGGUGAUCACUGAUUCUACAACGGGAAAUGCUGAAGAAGAACGAAGAGCUGAUUAUUAUACGGAACAAUGGUCUUACGAAGCUGUUAGUCGAUAUUUCUACAAUAAAGUUCAACAAAAACGUGUAGAAUUAGAGCAAGCUCUUGGCAUUCGUAAUUCUUAA